CGCUACCGGGGGGCGGGCCCGGGGCGCGGCGGCUUGGGUGUCUAGGCGGCGGCGGCGGAGCGAGCGCAGAGCGGCGCCACCAUGGGGGCCCAGCUGAGCACGUUGGGCCACGUGGUCCUCUCCCCAGUCUGGUUCCUGUACAGCCUGCUCAUGAAGCUGUUCCAGCGUUCCACCCCGGCCAUCACUCUCGAGAACCCGGAUGUCAAGUACCCACUGCGGCUUAUUGACAAGGAGGUCAUCAGCCAUGACACCCGGCGGUUCCGCUUCGCCCUGCCAUCACCCCAGCACAUCCUGGGCCUCCCUGUCGGCCAGCACAUCUACCUCUCGGCUCGAAUCGACGGGAACCUGGUCAUUCGGCCCUACACGCCCGUCUCCAGCGAUGAUGACAAGGGCUUUGUGGACCUGGUCAUCAAGGUUUACUUCAAAGACACCCACCCCAAGUUUCCUGCUGGAGGGAAGAUGUCCCAGUACCUGGAAAACAUGAAGAUUGGAGACACCAUUGAGUUCCGGGGCCCAAAUGGGCUGCUGGUCUACCAGGGAAAAGGAAAGUUUGCUAUCCGUCCAGACAAGAAAUCCAACCCCGUCAUCAAGACAGCGAAGUGUGUGGGCAUGAUCGCAGGAGGAACAGGCAUUACCCCGAUGCUGCAGGUGAUCCGCGCCAUCAUGAAGGACCCGGACGACCACACAGUGUGUCACCUACUCUUCGCCAACCAGACCGAGAAGGACAUCCUGCUGCGGCCUGAGCUGGAGGAACUGAGGAACGAACAUUCUGCGCGCUUCAAGCUCUGGUACACGGUGGACAGAGCCCCUGAAGCCUGGGACUACAGCCAGGGCUUCGUGAAUGAGGAGAUGAUCCGGGACCACCUCCCACCCCCGGAGGAGGAGCCGCUGGUGCUGAUGUGCGGACCCCCGCCCAUGAUCCAGUAUGCCUGCCUGCCCAACCUGGAACGCGUGGGCCACCCCAAGGAGCGCUGCUUCACCUUCUGAUGGCCGGGCCACCCGCCCGCCCGCGCUCCCUGUGCCCUGCCCGCACCUGGCCCUCCUGCGUGGUUCCUUAACGUCACUCUCCCCCACAUCUCCUGCUGUGGCCGGGUUCAGCCUGGCCUGCCCGUGCCUGGGAGGUCACCCUGCUGGGCUGGCCCCUGAGGGGCCCCUCUGGGAUCAGGGCUCUGUUAUAGAUGGGGCCGCCACUGGCCACCUUCAAGACAGAUUCCUGUCUGGGUCUCACUGGUUCUUGUUGGAGAUGCCCGGCCCCUGCCCCCACCCCCCGCCAGACACACACUACUGGGCCGAGGCUGCCAGCACCGUGCUCCCCACCCUUCCUGAAGUGCACCACACUCUGGAAAUAAACCUGAGUGUAUGGGCAGCCCAUGGCUGCAGGUGCCAGGCCCCCAGCCACUGCCUCAGGACCCUUGCCUGCUGCCCGUGCCUGCUUCAAGGCCACAGCCAGUCCUCAGCACCUGACACUACAUGACAGGUAACACCAGAAAGUCCUCCUGGCAAGGGCUGCUCUGGGUGAGAGGCUGUGCCCACCCCAGGGCCCAGCAGGCCCAGCCAGCAGGGAGUUGGGCUCUCCCUGGGGCUGGAGUAGGAGGAGUGGGCUGACCAAGGGCCCUUCCAGCUGGCACAUGGGCCUCCUGAAGCCUCAGCAUUUCCCCAGCACACCCAGACAUUUGGGCAGCCUUAGGAAGUCCAAGCCGUCAACCUCUGAUCCACCGCCUUGGGGUCCUGGGCCACCAGCCCUGAUGGCAAAGCUAAGGGAUGUCUGUUUAUUCCUCUGUCCCAGACCCACCCACCCCUGCUGCUGCCCUCGCCCCAGCAGAGGGAGGUUUUGAGCAGAGCCUCUUGUCUGAGAGACAUUCUUAGCAGCCUCGACAUUGCCUUUAGACGACAGCGUGCCAGCCUCUUGCAUAUCGGCUUUUUCAGAGUCAUUUAUGAGCAGACAAAAUAUUGAAGUAAAACUUUGCUAAUUUGAA